UGGCCGCCGUAGCCAUGGCCAAAAUGGAUGCCACAGUCGUCAUCAGCAUGGCCACCACAGCAGGCAGAGGAGCCGGCAGCAGUCCAACAUGGAAGCUGAGGCUGCCGACGAGCAACCGGCUGAACCCGACCUCACGUCCUCUAUGAAGAAGAAGCGCUCCUACUCCAAGUGUAGAGACUGCAUAGCACGGGUGCAGCGGUUCCUUGUGACCAGGUUAGGAGAGGACUGGAUCUUCCUGGUUCUGCUGGGCAUCACAAUGGCGCUGGUCAGCUGGACGAUGGACUACGCCAGCGCAAAGAGCCUGCAAGCCUAUAAAUGGAUUCACGGGGAGCUGAGGGGAAACAUCCCCCUGCAGUACCUGGCCUGGGUUUCCUAUCCCCUGAUGUUCAUCCUGUUCUCCUCCCUCUUCUGUCACCUGGUUGCUCCUCAAGCUAUAGGUUCUGGUAUCCCAGAGCUGAAGACCAUCCUGAGAGGUGUGGUGCUGAAGGAAUAUCUGACCCUCAAGGCCUUUGUUGCUAAAGUCAUCGGUCUGACUGCAGCUCUGGGGAGCGGCAUGCCUGUAGGGAAAGAGGGCCCGUUUGUUCACAUCGCCAGUAUCUGUGCAGCAGUUCUCAGCAGGUUCAUGUCCUUCUUUUCGGGAGCUUAUCAGAACCCGUACUGCUAUACAGACAUCCUGACAGUAGGCUGCGCUGUUGGCGUGGGCUGCUGCUUUGGUACUCCACUUGGAGGCGUGCUCUUCAGUAUAGAGGUGACAUCCACCUACUUUGCUGUGAGAAACUACUGGAGAGGAUACUUUGCUGCUACAUUUAGCGCCUUCAUAUUCAGAGUGCUGUCCGUGUUUAACAAAGACGCAGUAACCAUCACUGCUCUGUUCAGGACAAACUUCCGCAUGGAUUUCCCUUUUGACCUGCAGGAGCUUCCGGCAUUCGCCAUCAUUGGGAUCUCCUGUGGGUUUCUGGGGGCGUUCUUCGUCUAUCUCAACAGACAGGUGGUGCUUUUCAUGAGACGACCCAACGCAAUGACCCGCUUCCUGACCAGACACCGGCUGAUCUUUCCUGCUGUGGUCACCCUCAUCAUCGCCACCUUGACCUUCCCACCCGGGUUCGGACAGUUUAUGGCAGGAGAGCUGAUGCCCAGAGAGUGCAUCAACUCUCUGUUUGAUAACUUCACGUGGACGAAGAUUUCGGGAUCUCCUCCUCCGGUCGGUCUGGGCCGCUCCACCGCCUGGCUGCACCCCGAUGUCAGUGUCUUCAUCAUCCUGCUGCUCUUCUUCCUCAUGAAGUUCUGGAUGUCUGCGGUGGCCACCACCAUGCCCAUUCCAUCAGGGGCCUUCAUGCCGGUCUUCAUACUCGGUGCUGCAUUCGGCAGGCUGGUUGGGGAGAUCAUGGCCACCCUGUUUCCUCAUGGGAUUGUGUUUGAUGGCAUCCUCUACCGCAUCAUCCCUGGAGGGUACGCAGUCAUUGGAGCGGCAGCGUUGACCGGGGCUGUGACUCACACCGUGUCCACAGCGGUUAUCUGCUUUGAGCUGACAGGUCAGAUCUCCCACAUCCUGCCCAUGAUGGUGGCAGUAAUCCUGGCCAACAUGGUGGCCCAGGGCCUGCAACCCUCCCUGUACGACUCCAUCAUCCAGGUCAAGAAGCUCCCUUACCUGCCGGAGCUCGGCUUCGGACACAUUAGCCAGUAUAACAUCUUUGUGGAAGACAUCAUGGUGACGAAGGUGAAAUUUAUAUCCUCCCAGUCCACAUAUCGAGAAGUCAAACUCCUGCUGGACUCCUCCUCACUCAAAUCCAUCCCUCUGGUCGACUCAAAAGAUUCCAUGAUCCUAUUGGGCAGUGUUGACAGGUUGGAGCUUCUGGCGCUCUGUGAUUGGUGGUUGUCUCCAGAGAGAAGGCUGCUGAUGCAGGGUCGCAGCCUACAGGAGCAGAACCUGCCUCACAAACACAGCUGGGAAUCCUUCGCCUUCGUAGACGAGGAGGGAGAGGAGGAGGGGGAAAAGGGCAGUCCGAUGCAGGAGGAGAGGAAUGGCCCGCUGCCUCCUCCAAAGCCUCAGGAGCCUUCUUCAAACCACACCGCUCCUGUCCCCGAUAAAGGUCCUCUGCAGUCUGUGAGGAAAACACUCAGAAACCUCUUCACCUCUAAGAGCAGACAGACAGAGGGCCAGUCGCAGGAGCCUUGUCCUCCUCCGCUGUCGGACACAAUGACACCAGACGAGAUCAAAGCGUGGGAAGAGGCAGAGAUGGACAAGCCGAUGGAAAUCGAUGAGAUUCGAGUCGAUCCUUCCCCUUUCCAGCUGGUGGAGAGAACGUCAUUACACAAGACUCACACGUUAUUCUCGCUGCUCGGCCUCAGCCAUGCUUAUGUGACCAGUAUCGGCAAACUGGUGGGAGUGGUGGCGCUGAAAGAGCUCCAGAAGGCCAUCGAGGGCUCCACUCGCUCCGGCGUCCGGCUCCGUCCUCCUCUGGCCAGCUUUCGUGACAUCAGCAACCACAACUCUGUCUCUAAACCUGCACCUUCUACUUCCACCGCUCCUUCCUCUCCGUCCUCCCCUUCGCCUCCCUCGCCACAAAUCGCCUCCCAGUGUUCCCCCUCCUGCCCCACAGCCCCUCCUCAUCACCACCAUCACCCCCACCUUGACAGUGACACGGAGGGGUGGAUGGAGGGCGUGUCCAGGGAGGUGGAGGAGAGCAGCAUCAGCGACAGCGCAGGAAGCGGCAGCAACAGCAGCUCCACCAGCAGGAGCUGCAGCUACAACAGCAACCUCCCUCCCUCCUCCACUCCUCCCCCAGUUCCAUCUGCCUCCACUCCUCCUCCUCCUCCUUCCUCCUCCAUCCCUCUCUCCACCCUGAGGCCCCUACAGGGACUCCUCGAGGGGGAUGAGGACAGCGAUGAUGAGCCAAUGGUUUAGCUUACACAAGAGUGUUUUUUUUUUUAUAAUGGAGAACUUUUUUAAUAGUCCUGAGUUCUUUUUUCUUCUUUUUCUGUUCUUAAUGUGUUGCUCUGGUCUUUGGACACUCAUUUACCUCUUUCUGGUGAUUCUGUCUGCUCAUUUCACGGACCUUCGCCUUGUUUUUGUGGAAAAAAAACGCACCAUUAUCUCCAAUGUUCCCACCCCUGCCUCCUUGUCUUGCCCUAAUAAGCUCGGUUUGUGUGUGUGUGUUUUGAUACUUGUUCUGCUUCACUUUCUCCUCGUUCUCUCAUUCAUGUUGUUUAUCACGUGCACAGUCUCAAGAAUUCAACCGGUGUAGUCUAAACUCCAGACUGAGGUUGAUUCUUUUAAUGUCUGAAGCAACAAUUGAGACAAUUUUGACACGCCAAAACUGCUCUUUGGUUGGCUUAACCCUAAAAAAACACAUAUAUGUAUUUCAAAGUUCCACAUUUAGAAGACAAUUCUUUCCCCACCUCUCUCCACCUGCAGCCCAAGCACACCAGCUCACCCACAGCUCCGCUUAACCUCUUAGGACCUGACAUCCACAUAUGUGGACAUCUUUUUCCCCAAAGAGAUCAUAUUGUUCAUAAUAAUGACAAUAAUAAAAAAGAACUAUAAUAAAAAUCUGAAUAUUGCCAACAAUAAUUAUAACGGCAAUUCAAAUAUAAUAUGCAUAUAAUUUAAAUAUAAAAAUAUAAGAAACGCAAUUAUCACACAUUAGAUUUUCUACAUUUAUUAUGUUUUUUGGUUAGCUUAGCCGCGCUAGACCCAUGCUCUGAAGGCACAAGGGUCUAGGCACGCUCGACAGGGAGGGAGGCGGGCUAAAAGGUUGUCUAUCAAAUCACUCUGCAGCAAUUGGGUAGGUAUACAACCAAUCAGCGCAACGAAUAGGCUCCUAGAGCGCCGGAAAUCAGAGGAUACGGGAGUUCGGUGAAGCCUUAUUUAUACAGUCAAUGGGUGAAGCUCAAGUAUAUUACAGACAUGUUAACAGAAAGAUUAUUCAGAGUCGGUGCUAAUGGAGCUCAACGACUGUUGUCGUUUUUGUUGUCGACCCUGGCAGAGAAUUAAAUUCGUUGCCGUGGGUUGUCUAGCGCGGCUAGGCUAGUUGUUUCCGGUUGUUUCUGUCAGAAUCGUCGCGCCUCUGUCGUCACUUAGUUACGCCCGCCUUCUGACUCUACACUUCAUGGUGAUUGGUCCGGCCAGUUUUAGGAGAAUCCAACCUCGAGCCUUAUGGAGGGUAACUAGACCCACCCUGGCAGAGAAUUAAAUUCGUUGC